CCCGCCAGCCGCCCGAGCGGAGCCGCCGCGGCCUGGAGCCCCAUGCCGGGAGCUGGGCGCUGAGGGCGGCCCCGAGAUGGGGAUUCUCAGCAUCACGGACCAGCCUCCUCUGGUCCAAGCCAUCUUCAACCGUGACAUCGAGGAGGUGAGGUCCCUGCUGAGCCAGAAGGAGAACAUCAAUGUCCUGGACCAAGAGCGCCGGACGCCGCUGCACGCUGCUGCCUACGUAGGAGAUGUUGCAAUCCUUGAGCUCCUCAUCCUGUCAGGUGCCAACGUGAACGCCAAGGACAGCGUCUGGCUGACGCCGCUGCACCGCGCCGCCGCCUCGCGCAACGAGAAGGCUCUUCACCUCCUCCUGAAGCACUCAGCCGAUGUCAACGCCAGGGACAAGUUCUGGCAGACCCCCCUGCACGUGGCUGCCGCCAACAGGGCCACCAAGUGCGUGGAGGCCAUCGUGCCCCUGCUCAGCAGCCUCAACGUGGCCGACCGCACCGGGCGCACGGCGCUGCACCACGCCGUGCACAGCGGCCACCUCGAGAUGGUCAACCUGCUGGUGAACAAAGGGGCCAGCCUCAGCACUUGUGACAAGAAGGACAGACAGCCCAGCCACUGGGCAGCUUUCCUGGGCCAUUUGGAAGUCCUGAAGCUGCUGGUGGCCCGUGGAGCUGAUGUGAUGUGCAAGGACAAGAAGGGCUACACCCUGCUGCACACGGCGGCGGCCAGCGGCCAGAUCGAGGUCGUGCGGCACCUGCUGAGGCUGGGAGUCGAGAUUGAUGAGCCCAACCUCUUUGGGAACACAGCCCUUCACAUUGCCUGCUACAUGGGGCAGGAUGCAGUGGCCAACGAGCUGGUCAACUAUGGAGCCAAUGUCAACCAGCCCAACGAGAAGGGCUUCACCCCCCUGCACUUUGCUGCUGUCUCCACCAACGGAGCUCUGUGCCUGGAGCUCCUGGUCAACAACGGCGCCGACGUCAACUUCCAGAGUAAGGAAGGGAAGAGUCCCCUGCACAUGGCUGCCAUCCACGGACGGUUCACGAGGUCGCAGAUCCUCAUCCAGAACGGCAGCGAGAUCGACUGCGCCGACAAGUACGGCAACACGCCGCUGCACGUGGCGGCCCGCUACGGCCACGAGCUGCUCAUCAGCACUCUGAUGACCAACGGUGCUGACACUGCAAGGUGA